AUGGCGGAAUCGAAGAAGAUCAUAACGCUCAUCACUGGAGCGAGUAGUGGCAUCGGCCUAGAACUCGCAGUACAGCUGGCCGCGGACCCAAACAACCACGUUCUACUAUGUAGCCGCUCUCUGGAGAAAGGCGAGCUAGCCUUACAGGAAGUCCAAUCGCGAAAGUUGCCAGGAACAGUCGAACUCCUCCAACUCGACGUAGCGAGCCAAGAAUCAAUCGCGGCAGCUGCGAAGACCGUUGAGGAGAGACAUGGAAGAAUCGACGCCCUAGUCAACAACGCCGGCACGGGAUCCGCAGCCCUCCCGCCUGAAGAAGCUUUUCCCCAAACCUACCUCACCAAUGCCGUAGGCCCGUACUUCGUAACAGAAGCCUUCCUCCCCCUACUUAAAACCUCUAUCACGACCCCAAGAAUCCUCAACGUUUCCUCAGGCGCCGGCUCCAUGACCCGGCGUCUCGCCAACACGCACGCCCAAGGCUUCUGGGGUCUCCCUUACAGCGCCAGCAAAGCCGCCCUUAACCUCAUCUCCGUAACGCAGGCCGUUGUAUAUGGCGACAUGGGGAUCAAGGUGUUUGCUUUCUCGCCGGGCUUCGUGGAGAGUAAUCUGGGGCCGCAUAAUAAGGUGGCUAACGGGGCGCAGACAACGGAGGAGGGGACAAGGCCUAUGGUGGGGAUUUUGAAGGGGGAGAGGGAUGAGGAGCAUGGUGGAUUUCUUGCGAAAGGGGGACAGUAUCCUUGGUAA